AACGAUUUCUCUCACAUCCAGUCAAACUCAAACCCAAUCAAAUUGAUAGCACACCUCCAUCAAACGAGACGCCCCUCAAAAGCCCAACAACGGAAGGUCCUCGAUUCGAGUCCCCUAGCUCCUAUUACCCCCCUAACAACGAACCUAAAAUGCCAUCUCUCCGCACCUCCCUCCGCGCCACCAGCCUCUUCUUCGGCCCCAUCUUCAUUGCCUUCGGCGUAAACGCCAUGCUACGCUCGCGCCACUCCCUCGCUUUUUUUCCAUUCCCGGACCCUGCUACUUCCACGAGCCCCGCAUCCCAGGACUUCAUCGAGCUCCUCGACGCCCUCCUAGUCAUCUACGGCGCCCGCGACAUCUUCAUGGGCAUCGCCAUCCUCGCUGCCGCGACUUUUGGAGACAGGGAGGGGAGAGCGCUGGGCUGGAUUAUGGCGGCUGCGGGCGCGGUGGCGGGGGUGGAUGGGUGGGUUGUUAGGGGGUUUGAGGCCGCGGGUGGGAAUGGGGGAGCUAGGGGAGGCGAGUGGGGACAUUGGGGAUAUGCGCCGGUUUUGGGGGUGGUUGGGGGCGUUUUGGUUGGGUUGUGA